CCAACAUGGAGCGCUCGGGGGCUGAGGGGCCUCAGAGAGGCCGGUAAGGGGGCAGCACGGAGGACCCUGUUCCUGCUUGAGUUGAGGCCGGCUGAAGGGGCUGCGCGCGCAUGCGCACAGAUAGAGACUCGCUGAAUCUCUGGCGACGAUAGCUGUUGCUGCUGGAGGAAGCCGCCUGCCUCCCUCAGCCCAUCGGGGCCCUUCGUCUCCUCUAGCGCCCCGACGGAGCCCCGUCUUCACCCGUCCCAAGGAGGUGGCGGCGAGCAGCCAUGUCUUUGGGCGAGUACGAGAGGCACUGCGACUCCAUCAGCUCUGACUUCGGCAGCGAGUCGUCCAGCCGGAGCGGCCCCCGGCCUGCGCCUCCCGUCUUAGGCGGCGAGCAGGAGGAGCUGCAUUAUGUUCCCAUCCGCAUCUUGGGCCGGGGGGCCUUCGGGGAGGCCACCCUAUACCGCCGGACUGAGGAUGACUCACUCGUAGUGUGGAAGGAAGUGGAUCUGACCAGACUCUCAGAAAAAGAGCGGCGUGAUGCUUUGAAUGAGAUUGUAAUUCUUGCUCUGUUGCAGCAUGACAAUAUCAUUGCCUAUUACAAUCAUUUCAUGGAUAACACUACACUGCUGAUUGAGCUGGAAUACUGUAAUGGAGGAAACCUGUAUGAUAAGAUCCUGCGGCAGAAAGACAAGUUGUUUGAGGAAGAGAUGGUGGUGUGGUACCUAUUUCAGAUUGCAUCAGCAGUGAGCUGCAUCCACAGAGAAGGAAUACUUCACAGAGAUAUAAAGACGUUGAAUAUCUUCCUCACUAAAGCAAACCUCAUAAAACUGGGUGAUUACGGUUUGGCGAAAAAGUUGAACUCUGAGUAUUCCAUGGCUGAGACAUUGGUAGGAACGCCAUACUACAUGUCUCCAGAGCUCUGCCAGGGCGUAAAAUACAACUUCAAAUCUGACAUCUGGGCGGUUGGCUGUGUCGCUUUUGAGCUCCUCACACUGAAGAGAACUUUUGAUGCUACAAAUCCAUUGAACCUCUGUGUGAAGAUUGUGCAAGGGAAUCGAGCAAUGGAGGUUGAUUCCAAUGUUUAUUCUCUGGAUCUCAUUCAGAUGGUGCAUUCCUGCCUUGAUCAGGAUCCUGAGAAGAGACCUACUGCUGAUGAGCUGCUUGAUAGUCCCCUUCUCAGCAAACGCAGGAGGGAGAUGGAGGAAAAAGUUGCACUGCUUAAUGGCCCAAACAAACGACCAAGAUCGAGUACCAUGAAUGAGGCUCCCAUUGCAGUGGUGACUUCACGCACUAGUGAAGUGUAUGUAUGGGGGGGUGGAAAGUCCACGCCUCAAAAGCUAGAUGUCAUCAAGAGUGGCUGCAGCGCACGACAGGUCUGUGCAGGAAACACUCACUUUGCAGUGGUGACAGUGGAGAAGGAGCUUUAUACGUGGGUGAACAUGCAAGGAGGCACUAAGCUGCAUGGCCAACUGGGGCAUGGAGACAGAGCCUCAUAUAGGCAACCUAAGCAUGUGGAAAAACUGCAGGGCAAAGCCAUUCGCCAAGUGUCUUGUGGAGAUGACUUCACUGUGUGCAUCACAGAUGAAGGUCAGGUCUUUGCCUUUGGCUCAGACUAUUAUGGCUGUAUAGGUGUUGGCAAGGCUUUUGGCUCUGAGGUUCUGGAACCUGAGCAGCUGAACUUCUUUCUCAGCAAUUCUGUGGAGCAGGUGUCUUGUGGAGAUAACCAUGUGGCUGUUCUGACCCGAAACCGGGAGGUCUACACAUGGGGCUGUGGGGAAUAUGGACGCCUUGGGCUGGAUUCAGAAGAUGAUCAUUCCAUCCCUCAGAAGGUGGAGAUUCAAAAGACCUCCAAUAUUGUCUCUGUCCAGUGUGGCAGUGAUGGAACCUUUCUGCUCACACAGGCAGGCAAGGUCUUGGCUUGUGGUUUGAAUGAAUUCAACAAGCUGGGCCUGAACCAAUGCACUUCAGGGAUCAUUAAUCAUGAUGCUUACCAAGAAAUCCCCUACACCACCUCCUUCACUCUGGCCAAGAAGCUCUCUUUCUACAAGAUUCGAACCAUUGCCCCAGGAAAGACACAUACAGCUGCUAUAGAUGAACGGGGCCGUCUUCUUACUUUUGGCUCCAACAAGUGUGGACAGUUGGGUGUUGGAGACUAUAAGAAACGUCUGGGUAUUAACCUUCUUGGAGGACCCCUUGGUGGAAAGCAGGUUAUCAGGGUUUCCUGUGGUGAUGAGUUCACUAUAGCUGCUACCGAUGAUAACCAUAUCUUUGCCUGGGGGAAUGGUGGCAAUGGUCGCUUAGCAUUGACUCCAGCAGAGAGAGCUCAUAGUUCUGAUAUUUGUACAUCAUGGCCUCGGCCGAUUUUUGGCUCCCUGCAUUAUGUUCCUGAUCUGUCUUGCCGUGGCUGGCACACAAUCAUAAUUGUCGAAAAAGUGAUAAAUUCUAAAACCAUCCUCCGUUCAAGUAGCAGUGGCCUGUCCAUUGGGACUGUGGCUCAGAGUUCUACAGCUGAAGGAGGAGAAGAUGAGGAAAGUGAGCGGGAAUCUGAGACCCCCGAUCCCAGCAGAGGUUUCCGAGGAACCAUGGAAGCUGACCACGGAAUGGGGGAUCGCAUAAGUGCGAUGGAAGACAUUAGAGAUAGCAGUGCUGUUGCCAGCAGCUCUUGCCCUAGCUGGCUGCGGAAGGAGCUAGAGAAUGCCGAGUUCAUCCCCAUGCCUGAAACACCUUCUCUUGUAAGCCUAAACUCUUCAGGAUCUGAAAAGGAGACUCUUCCCUACAAAGAGCUGAAAGGACUCCACUUACCUUCUCCACCAACUGUUGAUAUCAACAAGUCCACAACAGAGCCCUUGCAGAACCUCCUUGAUACAGCAGAGGCUUGCAGUGGGGAGAAGACAUCUGUGGUACCAACAGCAUGCAAGUGCAGUUUGUUGCAGGCUGAACUGCAACGACUGAAUGCUUUGGUACUAAAAUGCUUGGCAGACCAGCAGAAACUGCAGCAGGAAACCACUCGUCUCAGUGCCCAGCUUCAGAAUAUCUCUAGGAUGGAAGGGACACACCUGUUGGAGGCUCAUACCAAAGCCACACAAACUUCCAAGGAAGAGAUGGAAGCAGAUCUGAAGCCUGACUUGGAUUCUGACUCCUGGUGUCUCCUGGGAACUGAUUCAUGCCGCUUCAGCCUCUAGUCUUUUGAGUCCACUGGAAUCCAUCCAGUGUCACAGCACACUAACUGAAUGCAAGAGAAGCUUUCCUGACUUCAGGACCUUGUGAACAAGGUCAGAUUCUCCAGAAAAACAUGCCUGUAUGUGGGGGCAUGGGGGUUCUUAAGCUAUGAGCCUAGGAGAAAAUUUAAAGUGGCAGAACUCCAAAUUCUAGCCAAGGCCACACUCCAGUGUCACAACAGCAGCAAGCUCUUGUUAUGUUAUCCUGUCCUUGAGGUCAAGUAACCACAUGAUAGGAAUUACUCUUAAUUGUUGUAAGCUCUUCAUUCUUUCAGAACUUCCUGAGAGUUGUAUUGAGCCCCCCAAUAUUAGUCACUUCAUCUUCAUGCAAUUGGAAGAAGAAAACUCUAUAUUGAACCCCAAACAUUGCAGUGAUACUGAAUGUCCUGAAAGGUUAAGGGGCAGGACCCCUGCCUCUGUGAAAAACCAAAAAAAGAGCUUGCUCUAAAGCCAGAAAAAGAGCAUGCAAAACAGAGAAAUGGUAGCAAUUAUGGUUUUUACUUCAGACGCAUUUCUAGCGAUUUUUCCUUCAGUCUGUACAGCUAUAACUAAAGGGGAUGUUUGGGAAAGGAUCUUAGGCGCUUGUUAUUAGCACUUCUUGCUAACCAAAUUCAGAAACAAAAAACUGACUGAAGCUUCCCAUUAUCAGAGAAGAGAUCUCUAUUUCUAGAAUUCACAGCAGCUUUUUUUUUCAAGCCAGACAAGGAAUGUGUAGAAUUUGAAUUUAGACAGACAAUUUGUUCCAUCUGUUCAGCUUAAGUUGAGUACCAGAACUUCUGUUUGUUUUUAGUUUCUUAAAAGAGCUAUUGAAAGCCUCUUACUUUAUACCAUCACCCCUUCAACUUCAGCUUUCUGUCCAGUGUUUGGCCCAGAAGGCAGCUGUGUGGGCUUUUACAGAAUGCACUUAACCAGAUUUCUGGUAGUGCUUGGCCAAGCCUUACCCUUUUGUAUUUACUGAAUAUCCCAAUCAUUUAUUGGAUUGACUUAUACUGUGCAAUUCACUUUUAAGUCUCAGCUGGAGAGGCUGACUAUAAAUAAUAUAAAUAAAUAAAUGUAACUUCAAAGCAUUUUGUAUACUAUCAGUAAUAAGCUGUAUGUGAAGUAACUUUGAAGGCAAGAUAGCCCUUUUCCCCAUUAGAUAACGAAACUAAUACUUUUGCUAAUUAGUUUGCCCAAUUGAUGAAACUUUUGGAGCAGAUAUGGCUCCUAGGGGAGGCACAUCUGUAUUCGUCCUCACCUUGGGGAGGGAUUUCCAUGGUUCCUCACAGCCUAAUCUCUCUGAAAUGAUCACUGUCUUCUUGGUAUUCUACUUUUGAUCUGGUAGUUCUGUCAUAUGCUCUUAGUCUUUCACACUCCUGUCUCUAACAUCCCUAGGUACUUUUCUCUUCUAGAAGUAUAUUCAGGCUGAUAAAAUGUUUCUUGGCUGGAGAUGGGUGCCAGAGCAUCCCUCUAGAAAUAGCAUAUUUUAAAAUCAUUACCUGGUUUAGUUUCAAGACAGUAUUUAGAAAAAAUAUCAGGCAAUCUUUUUCCUGUGUUCAGCCCCAAGACCAAGGCAGCUGGCCAUUCCUUACUGUUGGGAGAAGGAGCGCAAAGAACCUAAAUAGGAUGAGUUCCAAGUUGUUCAGCAGAUAGUGCCAUCCAGUUGUUCUUGAUACCUGUGAUCUCCUGUCUUCUAUAAGUGUUGAAGCUGUUUUGUAUGACAGUUAUACAGUAGGGAUUUGAACUAAGCCUGAGCCAUGUUCAGCAAAGAUUCACUGACCUGAUGGGGGUUGCUGUCCUGCAGUGCACUGCUAUCUUUAUUUCUCAGUGCUCCAUGUUUGGAAAAUAAAAUGCACAAGGUUCCUUUUGGAGCACGAGGUUCCUUUUGGAGCUACUGGAGUAGUGGAUUACCAUACUGAGGAUGAAUGGUGCUUCACAGCAAUAUGUGCCUUAAUAAAGAAUUCACACUGUCCAAUAUGUGCCUGUUACAGACUGUGACUUAUGCACCAACUAUGUGAUGCAACCAAAGAUGCAUUUUAAAACAAACCUUGUUCUGGACUUGAGAGUGAAGGACAAGUGGGCUGGGGUGCCUCGCAGCAGUUUCAGACCCACAUCCCUUCCCCAUCCAACAGUGCUAACUAUGCAGAUGUUGGUCUUUUGCUAGCGGUGUUCUUGAUUUGUUAUAGAACAUGUCUUAUAUCUGCACUGACACUAGUUGGAAACUAGUUUGUCAUCAUCUAUCUUUGAGAUGUUCAGUGGUGGAAUGGUUUGAAGUUUUCUGUUUUAAAUAAACAUUGACACUUAUUAA